UGGGCGAGAACAUAAUAAUAAACAUGCCCACAUGAAGAUCAUUGAACCCUGGCGGAAACUGAAGUUUGUUAGCCCCGGUCUCGCCAUAUGUAUUUUUAGCAGGUUGUGGAUAAUGUAAUGGACAUGGCCUGUCAAUGACGAGGAGCUGAGUCAGGAGAUGAAUACAGUCCAGAGUGUAGUGUUGGGGUGUGGUGGACUGGUGUUGGCAGUCCUCUACCAGUGUGAUUGCCUUUUUACCACUGCAUUUGUAAUCCUUCAUUUAGUUGUAAUUGGGGCUGGUAUAUUUCUUGGGACAUCAUGGUCACUGGUGCGAGGGAAACAGUACAAACCAACAUCAGCUCCUCCCGAAGAAUUGAUGGUCAACACAUUGAUACAAAAACUGAUGGAAAGAAAAGCGGACAAGAGAGGGGAGCCAAAAAAAGUUGUGGUAUCAAGGAACAUUGACCUUGCCCUACAGGAGGUUAUUGAUUUGGCUCUGCGAGAUUUCGUUCUCACCUGGUAUGAAGACCUGUCUAGAGACCAGGAAUCUCUGCUAACUGCUGUCAAGGGUGAUGUGUGGAUCCUGAUCAAACGACUCAGCACCAGGUUAUCUAAGGUAGACACCAUGAAGAUAAUUACACAGGAUGUGGUGGAUAAACUUCACGCUCACUUCACAGAGAUACGGCUUGCAGCCAAGAGCGGUAGUGACAGCAGUGUUGGGGAUGGGAAAGCAUUCAAUCUACACCCCUGGUUGGCUAGUGAGGCAUCAGAGCGUGAGUUCCUGAGCCAGCUGUGUGAGGUACUACUUCUCAUUUUCCUCCCCGACUCCUACCAUGGCUGUACCACGAUACGACAUAUCCUCCGCGAAAUCAUCACUUCCUCAGGAUUGCAGCCAAUGGUGGACAUGGUGUGUGACCCAGACUACAUCAAUGAGAAGCUCAUUGCUUACAUUGAUUACCGGCGCCAGGUCUCAGAGGACACUAGACGUACCUACUUGUACGCUGCUAACUAUGAAGACUUUGUCAAGAUGAUUGGCAAAUGUGAAGACAUUGAGCAUUUAAAGCAAAUCAGAUACAACAUUAUAACAGAAAUUAUACAGGCUACUACUAUCAAGAACCUACAGCAGGAACAGGCUGGUACAGGGAAACCUGGGUCACCAAAAGGCAUGGCUAAGGGAGAGUUGUUAAAAUCCAGAAACUUGAAAAGAUAUAUUAAUCAGCUGACCGUGGCUAAGUCAAAGUGUGAGAAGAGGAUCCGCUCCCUAGGCGGUCCAGACUACAAGUACUACACAGACAAUGCUGAUGGUGACAGUCAGGUCGAGAAGGUGAUGACUUUUAGCGAAGUGAUGGAUUCUCCCUUGGCUAGACAAGAGCUCUUCAAGUUCCUCAAACGAGAUGAUAAUGAGUCCUUAUUAGGAUUUUGGAAUGCUGUUGAGAAGCUCCGAUCUGCUGACAAGAGACAAUACCACCAGCUUGGCAGCGAUAUCUUCUACCAGUACAUCUCCAGUUCCACCACUGUGGUCAAAACUGACCGGUCACUUGUCAAAACUAUGGAGACCUUCCUCAAGGGGGACACAGGCCCAGAUGCUUUCUAUGAAGCUCAGGACCAAGUUUAUCAGGUGCUUCAGAAAGAUCACUACCCUUCUUUCCUUGUGAGUGACAUCUAUUACCGAUUUAUAAUAAGUGACGAUGAUGAACGUAUGGAGGCAGCUUCUGUAUCCUCUAAAGACCAGUUCUUUUUUGGACCCACUGAAAGUUUCCUGGAACCAGAAGAUGAGGACGACUCUGAAAAUGGAGAUCUGUUUGCUAGUGAGUCAUACGCAGCUCAGCAAAGACUGGAAACGCUGGAUGAAAAGAUCCGCAACAAGACACAAGCCAUUCAGGCUGUGAAAACAUCAAAGAAAACCGACGAUGCAAAGAUUGGUAAAGUAGAGAAGGAUAUGGAGAAGGAGAGAGAGAACUUAAUGAAUGAGAAGAAACAACUGGAGGCUCAUAUCCUCCGCAUGCAGAAGUGGUGUGAGAACCAGGGCAAGUGGCGAGCCCAUGUGUACGAAACGGAGACAUUUGAGGAGGGAGAGAAGAAGACACCAGUGUUUGUUCUGAUCAUACACCUGGUGGGGGCCGGUAUGAGUCAAAACCUCCAGAAGAGUAGUCAUGGAUGGGUUGUCUCCCGUACACUGCCGGAAUUUCACAAGAUGCAUAGACAGCUCAUACAGAUUGGAUCUUGGUUGAAGAAGAAGGACCUGCCUACCAUAGGAAGGUUCACAACAGUAGAUGACAAGUUUAUACAGGAGAGCAAAGUGGCCAUCAAUGAAUAUCUCAGUGCAGUGAUAAAGGAUGAGCGGAUGGCUCAGAGUGAGGUUCUGUGCCGAUUCCUGACCCCGACACCUGACUACCUUAAACAACAGGAGACCGCAGCAAAAAAGAAUACAUUCUUCCUUGGCAGUUUGCUCAAAAGCCUUCCUAAAAUUGGCCAGGAAUCCCACGAGAAUGAGGAUGAACUGCUGUUUUCUGUGGAAGAUAGCUCUAAGCUAGACAGAAGCAAAGACUCCAUAGCAGAACCUUUCUACAAUCUGGUGAAUGAAGUGUUUGAGCUGCGUGGCAUGUUUAAGUGGCUGAGGAAAAGCUUCAUAGCCUUUGUAGAAGUCAGCUUUGGUAGAUCUAUUAACAGACAGCUGAGGGAUACUGUGGACUGGAUCUUCUCUGAGCCAAUGGUCAUCUACUAUGUACGCAUGUUCAAGGACUCGAUGUGGCCAGAGGGCAAGCUGGCUCCUUAUGCUGAGGCUAAAAGUGAAGAGAAGAAAUUUCGGACACGGAUGGAGGCCAAGGAGAAAUUUCUUACCAAUAUUCCAGAUGCUCUGAAGUCUCUGCUGGGUGAAAACAAUGCUCGAAGAGGCUCUAUCAAAGUGUUUGAAGUCCUCCAGGAUACCAGAUUAAAUAAACAUCUGUUUUAUAUUCUGUUAGAAGUAGUUUUGAUGGAAAUAUGCCCAGAGCUGAAUGAAAUGGAGAUACCAUCGUCCUCUACAGAAAUCCUUACAUUAUGAUGGUAAUGGUUGUCAUGGCAACAUUAAAGAGUUUAAUUUAUCACUUUUAAGUCCUUUAACCCUUUUCAAAUCUGGAGAUUUUGUCAAUAUGUUCUGGUGAACUUUAUUCCAAGCAAUCAUCAAAACAUUUCGGGACCCUCUAUCGCCUAUACAGCAAGUGUGUCCCAAAUUAGCCCUGAUCUAACCUACAUUCAGUGGCUCUUGAUUCUUAACUUGAUUUGGCUUAAUCUCCCAUGUCAUUUACAACGACUGGACUCUACACCAAUCAUUGGAUAUCCAAUGGAAAUCUUCUUUAUGCAGAUGAUGUAGCUUUUGACAGUAAUUCUGUAUUGCCACGAUCAAAUAUUGUAUAUGGUACUUAUUUUAUUGGUAAUCCUAUUUCAGCGGUUUUCUGAAAUGCUAUUCCUUUAUUUAUUUACCCAGUCGAACUUUUGCCCUUUGCCCAAGAAAUCAAUUUUUCUUCCAGUGUUAAUUUCGCCCUUAACAUUUCAUAACUAUGUAUUUUAUGUUGUAUACAUAUAUUCUGUGUAAUGAUAUGGUCCAAUUUGUUUUAUUAAAAGCGGAACUCAUGCAGUUGACUGCCUAGGAAAUAGCCAUGGGUCAAUAUUCAAUCUGUCACCAGAUGGAUGUUUUGAUUUUGGAUGGUCAUAAUAGAUUUCUUAAAUCAAAAGACUUUCUAGAUGUGACGAUGUACUAUUAAUGUUUGCGAAAAUAUUCAAUGUACUACACAAUAUUUUUGUAUCGAGUGCUGAAAUCAAAAUAAUGCCAUGAAACUAUGUUCUCCAGUAAAGCAUGUCAGAUUACUGUAAAAGUGGACAUUUUUGGGUUGUGGCUCCUGAAACUGAUGGCUGGGUGACAAUGGAUCUGAAAUCUACAUAAUCUAUUGAUCAAUAUUCGCAUGUGGAUUUUCAUGCUAAUUUAUAUAAUACAAAAAGGUGGGAGCAUUUCCCCACUGUGAAAUUUCCACUUUUACAAAUGUAUUAUAUUAACUACUGGUUUAACAGACAAAUGGGCUGAGCAGUUGAUACAGAAUAACUACAUUAUGGGAGCCGGUAGUGAGAAUACUUACAAAUGUGGUAUAGAACUAUGAUGAACCACAUGUAUAUUGCUGUCCCUAGUAUAACAUGUCCCAAUCCUGUGAUAAGCUUGGGUAGACGAUUUUCUGUGUUAAUAAUUAUUUCCAUUCCCGACAGAAAUACUUUCAGGUUAAUUUAUUUCUUCUUUGACACAAUGUGAUAUUUAGAGUACCUGUAUAUAACUGCUUUGGGGCCGUCAGAUUAAUUAACAUUCCAAUUAUGUGUUUCUGGCUCCUUGGAGAGGACUGUGUUUGUUAUGUUACUUGAAUUUUGUUUUGAGACUCUUAAGUAAAGGGUACCAGUGUGUUAAACUGUACUACAUGGACUACCAUUGUCACUGUUGUUAAAUAUUUAUUAAUAAAUCAUAAAUAUUACUUGUUGCUAUGAUAUAACAGAAUUUUGGUAGUUUGAAAUUUGAAUGUUUGAAAUUUAAAUUUGAAUGUUUGAAAUUUGAAUGUUUGAAAUUUAAAUU